UGAGUACCCGGCUCUCUCGUAGGUAGCCUCGCGAGAGCGCGGCUCACCAAAGGCCAACGGUCGCAGGGCUCAGUGUCCUCUCAAAAAAAGCCCAGAAGUCACACCAUGUUCCGCUUAAUGAUGUGGCUAGCGGGUCUCCGUGGCUUGCUAACGUCAAGACCCGAUUUUCAAAAUUCAUUUCUACAAAUCAUACUUCCAGAGAAAAUCCAAGCAAAUACAAGUGAUAAUUCAGAAGUAGAAAAUGAACAGGUAUCCUAUAGUAUUUCAAUAGAUGAGAAACCAUAUACUGUGCACCUUAAGCAAAGAUCUUUUUUAUCAAAUAAUUUCAUGGUUUAUAUGUAUAAUCAAGGAUCUAUGAAUUCUCAUUCUUCAAAUAUUCAGGCUCAAUGCUACUACCAAGGAUAUAUUGAAGGAUAUCCGAAUUCUUUUGUCACACUUAGCACGUGCUCUGGACUGAGAGGAAUAUUGCAGUUUGAAAAUGUUUCUUAUGGAAUUGAGCCUCUGGAAUCUGCAGUUGAAUUUCAGCAUCUUCUUUACAAAUUAGGGAAUGAAAAGAAUGAAUUUGCAGUUCUUCCUGAAAAGAACCAAGACACAGAACAAAACCCAAUGGACUAUAACAUUUUUAUAAGUGAAAAACCAGAAUCAACUGUUUCAGAUUUAAUUCCCCUUUAUCUAGAAAUGCAUAUCGUGGUAGACAAAGCUUUGUUUGAUUACCUGGGCUCUGAUAGCAUGAUAGUAACAAAUAAAGUCAUCGAAAUUAUUGGCCUUGUAAAUUCGAUGUUUGCCCAAUUUAAAGUUUCUAUUGUGCUGUCAUCUUUGGAAUUGUGGUCCGAUAAAAAUAAGAUCUCUACAGUUGGUGAGGCAGAUGAAUUAUUGCAUAGAUUUUUAGAAUGGAAAAAGUCCUAUCUUACCCUGAGGCCUCAUGAUAUUGCAUAUCUAUUCAUCUUUAGAGAUUAUCCAGAUUAUUUGGGAGCAACAUUUCCUGGAAAGAUGUGUGCUACCAGUUAUUCUGCAGGAAUUGUUUUGUAUCCCAAGGAGGUAACUUUGGAGGCAGUUUCAGUUAUUGUUACCCAGAUGCUGGGACUCAGUCUGGGAAUAUCAUAUGAUGACCCAAAGAAAUGUCGAUGUUCAGGAGCCAUCUGCAUAAUGAGUACAAAAGCCCUGCAAUCCAGUGGUAUGAAGACUUUUAGCGAUUGCAGUUUGAGGGACUUUGAAAACUUCAUUUCAAACGUGGGGGCCCAGUGUCUUCAGAAUAAGCCACAAAUGCAGAGACAUCGAGCAUCAAUCUGUGGCAAUGGCAGAGUGGAGGAAAAUGAAGUCUGUGACUGUGGUACUGAGGAACAAUGUGGGCCUGACAACUGUUGUAAUCCUCGUACUUGUGUGCUGAAACCAGGUUCAGAAUGUGAUAAAGGAUUAUGCUGCAACAACUGUAAAUUUAUGCAAGCAGGUGCUACAUGUAGGCCCAUUGCACAUCCUGAAUGUGAUAUUCCUGAGGUUUGUAAUGGAAGCUCUGGAAGGUGUCCGGCUGAUAUAACUAUACUCAAUGGACGGAAAUGUGAAGGAGGAAAAGCUUUUUGUUAUGAUGGAGGCUGCCAAGAUAUUGAUGCACGUUGUGAGAGUGUAUUUGGAAAAGGUUCAAAAAAUGCUCCAUUUGCCUGCUAUGAAGAAAUACAGUCUCAAACUGAUAGAUUUGGGAACUGUGGUAAAGAAGGACCCAGAUAUACAUUUUGCCCAUGGAGGAGUCUUAUAUGUGGAAGAUUAAUCUGUACCUACCCACUUCAAACUCCUUUCCUUCGAGACAGUGCUUCUGUGAUUUAUGCUUUUGUGCGAAGUACUGUGUGUAUAACAAUGCACUAUGAAACAGUGGGUACAGAAGACCCGCUCGUGGUCAAUAAUGGCACUAUUUGUGAUAAAGAGAGGAUUUGUGUAAAUCGUGAAUGUUUAGAAGUAGGGCCGUUUAUAGACAAAUUAAAUCAUUGUUCAGCAAAGUGCAAUGGAAAUGGAGUGUGCACUUCCACGAUGAUAUGCAAUUGUACUGGUGGCUACAGACCUCCAGAUUGCAGAGUGAGAUCCAGAAUAUCGCCUGGGGAACAGGGUUUACCCACGGAAAGAACUUCUGAGAAGGGUGGGAAGAAGCAGUGGCUUUUGGCUAUCUACAUUGCUUUACCUGUUCUUGUUGUAGCAAUAAUAAUAGCUGCUUCAUGGAAGCUUUCGAAAAAGUGGUUUAGCAAGAAAGAGGAAUCCCAAAGUAGUGGGUCAGAAGGUGGCACUCACAGAAAUGUCACCAGGUCCACAUCAGAAAGUAGCAGUCAAUCAGAUACUGUCAGAUCGAAGUCAGAAAGUAGUGCCCAAACAAAUCGCAGCAGUAACUCAUAAUUCCUUCAGAAGGCAAUGGAUAUCACUGGGGGUCUCACUGAGAAAUGAAAAUUCAACCUUUUCUCCCCUGGUCACAGCUGACAGAAAACAAUAAACCAAGAUGGACCAAUUUGCAGGAGCGUCUGUUUUUAUUUCCUCUCCCACCCCGAGGCACAGUUUUGCCAUGUCAGGGCCCUUGACUGAAGACAGUCAGUCUGAACUCUCAUCAACUCCCUGAGCUCUUCUCCACAGCUCU